AUGGCAAAAACUUUAAAAGAAGUAACACUUGAAGAAUCAAUGAAUUCUAAAAAGAAUGAAUUUAAGGAUUAUAUUGUUGUUGAUAAAAAAGAUGCUUAUAGAUUUAUUGUUGAUUGUAUGAUAAAAGUUGGAACAGAUGAAGAACAUUCUAAAUUAUUGGCUGAUGUUUUGUUGAAAGGUGAUAACCGAGGUCAUUAUAGUCAUGGGUUUAAUCGUCUUGAAAUGUAUAUGAAGGACAUAAAGUCAGGAGUUUGUAAAGGAACUGGAAAUCCAAUACUUCUUAAUAAUUUUGGAGCAACAGGAUGGGUUGAUGGAAAUAAUCUUUUAGGACCAGUUGUAGGUGAUUAUUCCAUUAAAUUAGCUAUUGAAAAAGCUAAAUCAUUUGGUGUUGGAUGGGUUUGUGUUAAAGGAUCAAAUCAUUAUGGAAUUGCUGGAUAUUAUACUUUAAGAUGUCUUGAAGAAGGUUUAAUUGGAAUAUCAAUGACAAAUUCUUCACCAUUAAUGUUUCCAACACGAGGUGGUAAACCAGCUUUAGGAAGUAAUCCAAUUUCUGUUGCUGCUAGUGGUAAUGACAAUGACAAUUUUGUUUUAGAUAUGGCUACAACAACAGUUGCAAUUGGAAAAGUUGAAUAUGCAAAAAGGAAAGGUAUUGAGGUUCCAAAUUCUUGGGGUGCUGAUAAAACAGGAAAUGUCACAACAGAUCCUUCAAAAAUUUUAGAUGGUGGUGGUUUAUUACCACUUGGUGGCACAGAAGAAUCAGGUGGUUACAAAGGAAGUGGACUAGGUGCUAUGGUUGAAUUAUUUUGUGGUAUUCUUUCAGGUGGACAUUGGGGUCCAAAUGUUAGAAGAUGGAUGUCUACAACUGCUGAAGCUGAUCUUGGACAAUGUUUUAUUGCCAUAAACCCACAAUGUUUUACUCCAGAUUUUAAUACCAGAGUUCAAGAUUUUAUUGAUACAAUAAGAACAUUACCAAAAGCUAAAGAAGAUGGUCCAGCAAUUCAGAUAGCUGGUGACCAAGAAAGAUUUCAUGAGAAAUUUGUCGAUAAACUAGGUGGUAUUCCAUAUCAUCCAAAUCAAAUAGAAAAUAUGAAACAAUUAUCAGAAAAAUACAAUGUAAAGUCAAUGACAUUACUUGGAAAAGUUUCAGAUAUUUUAAACUAG